UUUUGAUCCCUCUUGACCUCUACACUUUCUCCCCUCCGAAAACUCCCAUCUAUCGCCAUGGAAGCGCUUGUGGCCCAGGCCAUUAGGGACACCACGACCUUUCGGAAGACGUCGGUGCCCUGGACCUUGGACGAGCCUUACGCCCAGACUUACUAUGAAUUUAACCCCGCAACAUCCACUUGGAUCUCCAAGUUGCCAUCCGCCCUCGGAAACUCGAGUGGCAAUGAUAAUGAUAGUUCAGCCAUCACGGCCAUUGCGCUCUAUACGUGGAACAUUGACUUUAUGCUUCCCUUUGCCGCAGCCCGCAUGCGACCAGCGCUUGCACAUCUUCAUCAACUCACGCGCCUUCUCCCUCUAAAUGUCUCCCCUGUUAUUUUUCUCCAAGAAUGUACCCCUUUGGACUUGGAAACAAUUGCUGCGACUCCGUGGGUGCAAGCCAAUUUCCAUCUUACAGAUAUUGACACCGCCAACUGGGCCACCGCGCAGUAUGGAACUACCGUUCUGGUCAGCAAGCUUCUGCCUAUUACAUCUGUAUUUCGCGUCCACUACUCCCUCACGCGCAUGGAUCGCGAUGCCCUUUUCGUAGACGUCUCUAUUGGGCUCGAGGAGAAGCGAAUUCGCCUUUGUAACACGCACUUAGAGUCCAUGGCCCUUGACCCUCCAUACCGCCCACCGCAGAUGCAGCUAGUCGCUCAGUAUAUGCAUCACGAUGGGGUGUACGCUGCCCUCGCUGCCGGUGACUUCAAUGCAAUUCAGCCGUUUGAUCGCACGUUGCAUGUGGACAAUAAUUUGAAGGACGCAUUCCUAGAACUAGGUGGAGAGGAGGACACCGAGGAAGGAUAUACAUGGGGCCAACAAGCAGCAACAAAACAGCGUACGCAGUUUGGGUGUUCCAGAAUGGACAAGGUUUAUUUCCGAGGGUCUGUCAAGUUACUGAAGUUUGAGAGAUUUGGAGCAGGGAUCCUGGCCGAGGGGAACGAAGAAGGGAAGCAGAUCGUGGAGCUGGGAUUCGAGAAGCCCUGGAUUACGGAUCACCUGGGGGUUAUGGCGAUAGUGGAUGUUUUACCUAGCACGAAGGGGCAGCUUUGAGUGGACACGAUAGGAUUGUUUUGAUCAUACUGUCUGGGACGGGUCAUGAGUACGUUUUUUUGCUCUUGGCAGAAUUGGUAGAAAGCUACGUGGUCUGCUGUAUUCUUUUUCAUGCUUCCUUUGGCAUUGCCGGAGUCUAAGAUCAAGCGAGCUUCAUCAUCAAUGUGGCCACUCCGCCUGGGGCAAAGCCGCCACCCCUUGGGCCAGUGGUUUUGCGUUGCAACAUGCAGUAUAGUUCAUCAGUUGUACGCCUUUGAAUCUAACACAAGUUACAUUCGGAAACCAUCUCUAGCAAGCCAAGAUGUCCCUAGGGAUGGUUUCGCCCCAUGGCUGGUUCACUCCUGCAUGUGUUUGAC